GAAACACAUUGUCAAGUAGCCCAUGGCAAGUUUUCUUUUUAUGAUAUGGAUGGUCUGUUCUGGUUUAGGAAUACCUACCUGGUACACUGAAAUGUGGCGUUGCACAGCCAUUAGUUUUGCAUCCAAUGCUGUACAAUGGCACCUACCCGCUUGACAGCACCUAUAAAUACUGGGUUAAGAGUGACCUAAGCCACAGUUCAAUAGAGCUCUAUUUAGCCACCAUGUGCUGCAGGGCUCAGGCUCAUUGAUUUCGCCCAUUGUAAUACCUACUUGCGGGCUGUCAUCGUCACUAACCCGAGGCAGUGAGAGCCGCGCCAAGAUCCGGGGAGGCUCCAAUCAAAACCGCAUCACAUCACAUCACCCUAACCCAAUCCCUCGAACCAUUUACCCAGCGAAGACAAAACCCUGGCGCCACCCAGUGUGACCACUCAACUUGCAACCUAUCGCCGGGCCCUCAGUCUUUAGCUGCCUAGCGAUCGCCAGUCGAGACUCGUCGCCCCGUCCUCAACCUGCUUCGGGCAGAUAACCAACCCUCAAAAUGCCACCGAUGCCAGCGAACCGCGGACCGCAAGGCCCUUCAUGGACCGAUAAGUUAAGAAUGGGUGCUAUGAUGGGAGGCACUGUCGGCGUAAUUAUCGGCUUCAUAUUCGGAACCGUCAACAUCUUUCGAUAUGGCGCUGGUGCCAACGGCGUUUUUCGUACACUUGGGCAGUAUAUGGCGGGCUCUGGAGCUACAUUUGGAUUCUUCAUGGGGAUAGGUAGUGUUAUAAGAACCGAUGCGUCGCCCAUCGCAGUCGAAGCCUUUGCUCGUGCGCAACGACGACCCUUCAUAAUGGCGGCCCAGCAAGCCUACCGACCCCGCGAGAAAUAAGCCCACCUAUUACCCUCGUCUACAUGUAGUCAGACCGAUUCCACCCUUAGCUAGAGAUGCGCCUCUCCAAUUAAGCUCACUAAGCAUGGAAUCGACGGUCUAUCGACCCCCUGUAUAAUUUGUAAAACAGAUACAACCAUCUAUUCCAACUUGGUACCGGUCUCAAUCUUGUGGGGUUCAAGAUCAAAAGCCUUUUGUUCGGCCUGGAUGAAAAAAUUGCACUAUUUUAUAUAUGCCGUACUGUACAUAUGGAGGCAAGCUUAUGUGGUGCCGCUCGGCAUGUUUAUCACCAACCCCUAAUAUCACGAUGAUAGGCACAAUUUUGAGUAAGCUGUCUCAUGCUUAUAGUGGGCUUAUUCAUAGCACUAUGAUAGCUAAAUCCACUCCGGAGGAUAUGCGGAUAUUUAAGUAAAAAAAGAAGAAAAUAUUACAUCACAAUGUUUAUAGAGCUAUCCCGCUUACAACAGUGAGAAUCUAAGACAGCGCAACAAAUUAACUCGCC